AUGGCGUCCCCCAAAGCAGUUGAAGUGAAAAACCUCAUUUCCAGCGACAAAGUGGUCAUUUUCUCCAAAACUUACUGUCCCUAUUGUAAACUGGCUAAAGAGAUUUUUGACAAACUCAAAGAAAACUACACCGCAAUUGAACUAGACUUGAGAGACGAUGGCGAAGAGAUUCAAGGAAUCCUAGGCGAAAUAACUGGAGCUAAAACUGUACCAAGAGUUUUUGUUAAAGGCAACUGCUUGGGAGGUGGUUCCGAUGUCAAGACCCUCUACGAAAAAGGAGAACUAAAAACAUUGGUGGAUGCCUAG